AUGGAAGAAACUCACUUAUUACCAUUACAUUCUUUAACUCAAGAAAUUGAUAUCGAGUCUGACUCUUCAAUUAGUUCAGACGACGAAGUAAUUGAAAAUGUUAUUCAAAUGCUUGAUAAUGUAAUAGAUUUAACGGAUAUUACCAACGAAUUACAAGACAAUGAAGAAGAUGAUGAUCAACAACAAGCUGAAAUUGACAUUCCAAUAUCUUCCAUGAGUGAUACAACAACUAAUCUGAUUCAACCAACAAAAUCUCAUUACAGCAACGACAAAUCCAUCGAAAAUUCUUCUUCAAAACGUCGAUCUUGGACUGUUCAAGAAAAACUAAAUGUUAUCAAUGCAUUUAAAAAAUGCAAAAAUAUUUCUGAAGUUAAUCGACAACAUCAUUGUGAUCGAAAACAGAUUCGGGAAUGGUUAAAAAAAGAACAACAAUUGUUACUCAUCAAGGGUCAAAAAAAUGGAAAAAAAGUUGAUCGUAAUUGAAGCCCACCUUCAAACUUAUAAUUUUCAAAACAAAUUAGAAGCCCAGUGGGCUUCUAUUCUGCAGAGGGGUUUAGAGCCUGGACAGUAUGGUCCUUGGAAAUUUUCGAGCACAGCAUAUUUUCCUUAACAUUUUGUAAUCAUUUUGUAGCUUUUCAAAAGUUAUAUCUGUACUGAAAAAAUGACGAUGGUAUCGGCAGCGAUACUUAGGAUCGUACGGACUAUACUAUCCCAACAAUGAGUUUUGCUGUAGAACCUGAACAGUGUGAUCCUUGGAAAUUUUCGAGCGCAGGAUAUUUUACUUCACAAUUUGAGAUCAUUUUGAAGGUCUUGAAAAGUUCUAUCUGCACAGAAAAAAUGACGAUGGUAUCAGGAGCAAUACUUAAGAUCCUACGGACCAUACUAUCACAACAAUGGAUUUUCCUGUAGAACCUGAACAGUGUAGUCCUUGGAAAUUUUCGAGCGCAGCAUAUUUUACUUCACAAUUUGUGAUCAUUUUGUAGAUCUUGAAAAGUUCUAUCUGUACUGAAAAAAUGACGAUGGUAUCAGGAGCGAUACUUAGGAUCGUACGGACUAUACUAUCCCAACAAUGAGUUUUGCUGUAGAACCUGGACAGUGUGGCCCUUGGAAAUUGUCGAGCGCAGCAUAUUUUCCUUAACAAUUGGUGAUCAUUUUGAAGGUCUUGAAAAGCUCUAUCUCCCCUGAAAAUAUGAAACUGAAUUGGUAAACUAACGCAGUUAACCUAUGAGGGAGAUUCCGAUAUUGAUAAUACUUCUGCCGUAGUUAGAAAUGUCGAGAAGAGGUUUCGAAACAUGACCUGAAAGAGGCCCAGAUGCUUUAUUCUUACUUAGAGGAAGAUGAAAUUCAAUUUUAUAAAGUGUUCUGAGAUGAUUUUUAUUUAGGGCCGUUUUACGUGCAAACCCGCCCCC